AUGGGGCUUGUUCACGGCCCACCAGAAGCCCCUUCCCCUUCCCAUGGAUUCUUGGGCCUCUUCGCAGAGGUAGAUGAUGAGACCCACCUUGGUCACGGGAUCAUGGUCGCCACAAGCAAACUGAAGUACAUCUUGGGUGCCCGGGGGGACUCGAUGUUUUGCAAAGAAGCAACGAAGGUUGUUUUUGGCGCUGCAAACCUGCAGCGCCGAAGUGUGACUGGACAGGCAUGUAGGCGGCUCAAGGGGUCAGUUGCGAAGCGAGCGCUGACCCCGAAUAAGCUGGCGGCCGUGGGCAAUGCCUUCCAGCUGUACAUCACGCAGACAUCCUCGGAUAAGUCACCGAAGAAGAGGAGGGUUCUCAUGAACAAAUACAUCGGCGAGCAACUGCAGGAUAUUAAUAGAAAACUUGAGUUCUGA